GUGGCAGCAGUCUGGCAGUCCGUGUUCAAAGUAUCCACUACUGAUUCACCAGUAGAAGAAAAAUCGCCCACCGUCUUUCUUUAUUCAAGAUGGCGGAAUACUUGGCGUCGAUUUUUGGAACAGAAAAAGACAAGGUUAAUUGCUCUUUCUACUUUAAAAUUGGAGCAUGUCGCCAUGGAGACCGAUGCUCCAGACUCCACAAUAAACCAACUUUCAGCCAGACUAUUGCUCUAUUAAACAUUUACCGGAACCCACAAAACACAGCUCAGUCUGCGGAUGGCAUAAAUGCUGUCAGUGACGUUGAGAUGCAGGAACAUUACGAUGAGUUCUUUGAGGAGGUCUUCACUGAAAUGGAAGAGAAGUAUGGAGAGGUUGAGGAGAUGAAUGUUUGUGAUAACUUGGGAGAUCAUUUGGUGGGAAAUGUCUAUGUGAAGUUCCGUCGUGAAGAAGAUGCUGAGAAAGCGGUGAUUAAUUUGAAUAACCGCUGGUUUAAUGGCCAGCCCAUCCAUGCUGAGCUCUCGCCUGUCACUGACUUCAGAGAGGCUUGUUGUCGACAGUAUGAAAUGGGAGAGUGCACUCGAGGUGGCUUCUGCAAUUUCAUGCACCUGAAGCCAAUCUCAAGGGAACUCAGAAGAGAACUGUAUGGCCGUAGAAGAAAGAGGCAUCGCUCCCGCUCACGUUCUCGUGAGCGACGCUCUCGUUCUAGGGACCGCAAUAGAGGUGGUGGAAGAGACAAAGAGAGACGGAGGUCAAGAGAUAGAGAACGCUCUGGACGAUUUUAAACCUUUCUUCUCCAAGCCAACUUUCAUUCCCCAAGCCUUGUCCAACUCUGUCCUGAUUAAAUUGAUGUGAUGAAUUUAUUUCCUUCCUGAUUUCUUUGCCUUUUUAUGCAAGAAUUGUUUGCUUUUCAAUAAAGAUACAUUAGUAGUUUUA